AUGGCGUCCAUAAGGAGUAAUCAUGGAGCUAUCCAGCCAUAUCAUGCAGCACACCCCCAUAUGUCUGGAACGACAGGGGUGCAGGUGGACACUGCCCGAAGACGUGUGCACUACUCCAAUGUAAAUAACAGCAACAACAAUGAAGACAAAGACAAGAAGAAAGAAGAGGAAGAUAAAGAAAAAGAAAAGGAGAAAGAAAAAGAGAAAGAAAAGGAAAAGGAAAAGGAAAAGGAGAAAGAAAAGGAAAAGGAAAAAGAAAAGGACAAGGACAAAGACAAAAAAGAAGAGGCACCAAAGGAGCCAUUUAUUAUGAAUCCAGGGGGAGAACUCUACAACUACUGGCUCCUAAUCAUAACAAUCCCCGUCAUGUACAACUGGACAGUGAUCAUUGCCAGAUCCUGUUUCGAGGAACUGCAGCGCAGAUAUCUGAUGUUCUGGUUCUUACUGGACUACUCCUCUGAUAUAGUAUACUUGGCUGACAUGGCCGUACGCUCAAGGACAGCUUACUUGGACCAAGGCCUACUGGUCAAGGAUGAGAAAAAAACGUUAACUCAUUAUAUGGCCAGCACGCAAUUCAAAUUGGAUGCAAUUUCAAUGCUACCCACUGACCUUUUCUACUUCUACUUGGGCCUCGACUACCCCGAGAUCCGUAUGAACAAACUGCUCCGACUCAACCGCAUGUUUGAAUUCUUUGUGAAAAUGGAGACAAAGACCAAAGUACCCAACAUCUUGCGCAUUGGCACCCUGGUUAUGUACAUUGUAAUCAUUUGCCACUGGAAUGCUUGCUUCUACUACUCCUUCUCCAAGUACAUUGGUUUCGGCUCAGACCCUUGGGUCUACCCUUCUCUGGACGAAAAAGAGUUUGGCGAGCUGUUGACUAAGUACUCCUUCAGCCUGUACUGGGCCACCAUGACCCUCACCACAAUCGGUGAGAUGCCACCACCCGAGCGCGACUCAGAGUUCCUGUACCACACCUGUGACUUCCUGGCGGGUGUGUUCAUCUUCGCCACCAUCGUGGGUAACGUUGCCUCCAUGAUUUCCAACAUGAAUGCCGCCAGGGCCAAAUUUCAGGCCAAAAUCGACAACAUCAAGCAGUACAUGCAUGUCCGUAACGUCAGCAAGGACCUGGAAACUCGUGUGAUCACCUGGUUCGACUACAUGUGGAACCUCAACGGUGCGCAGGACGAACACGAGGUGCUGCGGUACCUGCCCGACAAGCUGCGGGCCGAGAUUGGCAUCAGCGUGCACCUGGAAACGCUGAAGAAGGUUCGCAUCUUCGCUGACUGCGAGGCAGGCCUUCUCAUUGAGCUGGUGCUAAAGCUCAAGGCCGUUGUCUUCAGCCCGGGUGACUACAUCUGCCGAAAAGGCGACAUCGGGCGAGAGAUGUACAUUAUCAAAGAGGGGAAGCUGGCAGUGGUGUCCGACGAUGGGCUCAAGCAGUUUGUGGUGCUGGGUGAUGGGGCCUACUUCGGGGAAAUCAGCAUCCUGAGCAUCAAGGGUAGCAAAGCGGGCAACCGCAGGACGGCCAACAUCCGCAGUGUCGGCUACUCGGAUCUCUUCUGCCUGUCCAAGGAUGACCUGAUGGAGGCUCUCAUCGAGUAUCCCGAGGCCAAGGCCAUGCUGGAGGAGAAGGGCCGACAGAUCCUCAUGAAGGACAACCUCAUCGAGCUCGACCCGUCCAAGCUGAAGCCCGACACAAAGGACCUGGAGGGAAAUGUGAACCGCCUUUGGGGCAGCAUAGAGCUGCUGAAGACCAAGCUGGGCAAGGUGUUGAAGGACCACUGUGCGUCCAGGAAGGCACUGAAGGAACGUGUCGGCAUGAUGGAGCGUUACAUGGGCGAGGAGGUGGAAGAGUCAGAGGAAGAGGAGGAGGAGAAGCCAGCAGUGGCAGCCGAGACAGGGCCAGAGGAGAAGAAGGAAGAGGACACAGAAGCACAGAAAGAAGGGGAGGAUGGAAAAGAUGAUGGCGAGGAGAAAAAAGAAGACACUGAAGGAGGUGAGAAAAAGUGAAAAUGACUUGGGGAAAGAAAGCCAACCCUAACUGUACGCUGUGAAAAAUCUCAAAUACAAGACUACAUUUGUUUAUUUCUCAUGUUUUAAUGAA